AUGUCUACUUCUGUUGAACCCAAUGAAACAGAAGCUUUGUUGAGAAAGCAGAAUGAACUUUCUACAACUGCUUCAAUUGAAGAAAAAUACCCUAAUCACCAAGAAGAUGAAGAUGAAGUCGAUACUCUUAAACGAACCCAAUAUGAUGAAGCUAAAGAAACUGCUGAAUCUUUAAAACAAGUUGAAUCCAUUUUGGCACCUAUUCUUUUCACUGCAUUGUCAUUUUUCGUGAGAUUUUAUCGUAUUUCAGUGAAUGAUCAUGUUGUUUGGGAUGAAGCUCAUUUUGGUAAAUUUGGAUCCUAUUAUUUACGACACGAAUUUUAUCAUGAUGUUCAUCCUCCAUUGGGUAAGAUGUUAGUUGGUUUAUCUGGUUAUUUGGCAGGGUACAAUGGAUCUUGGGAUUUCCCAAGUGGUGAAAAAUAUCCAGAUUAUAUUGAUUAUACUAAAAUGAGAUUGUUUAAUGCCACUUUUUCUGCCUUGUGUGUUCCAUUGGCAUAUUUCACAGGGAAAGAAAUUGGAUUUUCUAUGUUUACUACUUGGUUAUUCACUUUAAUGGUGGCUCUUGAAUCAAGUUAUGUUACAUUAGGUAAAUUCAUUUUAUUGGAUUCAAUGUUGUUAUUUUUCACUGUUGCUACUGUUUUCUGUUUUUCUCGUUUCAACAAUUUUAACAAUAAAUCACAAGAAUUUUCCAGAAAAUGGUGGAAAUGGAUUCUUUUAACGGGUGUUUCCAUUGGUUGUACUUGUUCAGUUAAAAUGGUUGGAUUAUUUGUUACCACUUUGGUGGGUAUUUACACUGUUGUCGAUCUUUGGAACAAAUUGAGUGAUAAAUCUAUUUCAUGGACAAAAUAUAUUCAACAUUGGUUUGCUAGAAUUGUUGCCUUGAUUAUUGUCCCUAUUUUCAUCUUUAUGCUUUCAUUUAAAGUUCAUUUUGAUUUGUUAUAUAAAUCAGGUACCGGUGAUGCCAAUAUGUCAUCACUUUUCCAAGCUAAUUUGGCUGGUUCCGAUGUUGGUGGUGGUCCUCGUGAAGUAUCUAUGUUCCACUCAGUUAUUACUUUAAAGAACCAAGGUUUAAGUGGUGGACUUUUGCAUUCACAUGUUCAAACAUUCCCAGAAGGUUCCAAACAACAACAAGUUACUACUUAUGGUCAUAAAGAUUCAAACAACAAUUGGAUUUUCCAAAGAGCUAGAGGACAACCUUAUUAUGACACUUCAGGUAACACUACUGAUGUUGAAUAUAUUUUUGAUGGUAUGCAUGUAAGAUUAAUGCAUCCACAAACUGGUAGAAACUUACAUACUCAUGACAUUCCUGCACCAGUCUCUAAAUCUGAAUAUGAAGUUGCAUGUUAUGGUAAUUUAACUAUUGGUGAUCCUAAAGAUAAUUGGAUUGUGGAAAUUAUGGAACAAGCAAGUGAUGAAGAUAAGAUGAGAUUACAUCCUUUGACUUCAUCAUUUAGAUUGAAGAAUGAAGUGAUGAAUUGUUAUUUGGGAGUUACUGGUACUACUUUACCUCAAUGGGGGUUUAGACAAGGUGAAGUUGUUUGUUAUAAAAACCCAUUUAAAAAAGACAAAAGAACUUGGUGGAAUAUUGAAAAUAAUCGUAAUGCAAUUUUACCACCAGCUCCAGAAGAUUUCAAAUUACCUAAAACCAAAUUCAUCCGCGAUUUCAUUCAAUUGAAUUUGGCUAUGAUGGCUACUAAUAAUGCUUUAGUUCCCGACACUGAAAAGCAAGAUGAUUUGGCUUCAUCAUUUUGGCAAUGGCCAACAUUAAAUGUUGGGAUCAGAAUGUGUGGAUGGGGACCAGAAAAUCCUAAAUAUUAUAUGAUUGGUUCACCAGCAACUACUUGGACAUCUACUUUUGGUGUUAUUUUGUUUGCAUUUAUUGUUUUGUAUUAUUUGAUUAGAUGGCAAAGACAAUAUGUUGAUUUCCCAAGUACUAAUCCACACAAAUUGAAAUUAUUUGUCAUGGGAGGUAUUUAUCCAAUGUUUGGUUGGGGGUUACAUUUCUUACCAUUUGCCAUUAUGGGUAGAGUUACCUAUGUUCAUCAUUAUGUUCCUGCACUUUAUUUUGCCAUGCUUGUUUUCUGUUAUGAAGUUGAAUCAUUUGCUUCAAGAUUAAAUACACCUAAUGCUUCUCCAGUGCUGAAAUUAUUAUAUUUGGCCAUUUAUAUCAGUUUGCUUUCCUUAGUUGCUGGUACUUUCUGGUAUUUCAGAUAUUUAUCUUGGGGUAUGGAAGGACCAAAAGAAGAUUGGAAGCAUUUGAAAUUAUUGGAAUCAUGGAGAGUCUCUGAUGAUCAGUAUACCUAG